AUGCAAGACAAAACGAAAGGGCACGUCGAAAAGAAUGCACUCGAAAGAAUUUCCAAGAUUGUGAACAAUCCACUCUUUGCAACCAACAAGGUUGAAUUUGAUUUAAUAGUUACAGCGAGUGGAAAUUGGGAAACCUAUUCCAAAAAGUUUCUUGACAUCAUUGGGUCAUAUUCAAGAGUGGAAAACAAACCAGUAUUGUACAGCAUUGGGAGAGAAUUCUUUUUUGACAAAAGAGAUGCCACUGCAAGUUUGAACGGUUAUUUGUAUCAAGUGGAUUUGACUGUAAACUAUUGGCUUGACACAUUACGUGAUGAGAAUAGUGACAAGUGCGUGAUGCUCGAGUUUGGAGAGGACAUUGCUGUUUUGCCGAUUCAGUCUGUUUUGGAUAUUGAACGCUUUUCUGGAAAAAGUGAGCCACAACGUAAUUCCAUCACUGAUGAUUCUCUAUCAACACCUCUCUUGAUAUUUGAACAAGCAAAAUUGUACAAGAAACCAAUACCUUUUAACUCUGACUCCACUCAAGCAAACAUUAUCUAUCGAUUUACCACUAAUUUUAAGAGUUUUUGCGAACAAGAUUGGAAUGCCGCGGUAUCAUUCCUUUCUCGAGUUGAAUUUAUAGAGAAGAUGACCUGUGAAAAAGUUGCACAGUCAAUAGAGGAAAAGCUUUCCAAAUAUUAUGCUUGCAGAAAUUUUAAAACCCUCAGCAAUUGUUUGUAUGGGUUUGUGAAAUCUCAAUUACUAGAACAAGGUAUUUCAUCAAAUGGUAAAUUCUCGAAAUCCAUGAUGUUAGAUCAAACCAAGUUGAAAGAAGUGAUCAGUUCCAUUAUAAUGGAUUUUUCUUCUCCAUAG